CUUCCGAGUAUUGACAAUUGUUGACAUUAGUGGAGAGUUUUGAGGUUAUUGUAGUUGUUUUGAAAAAUUAACUUAAAUGUAUUAAUUAAUUUCAUUCACCAAUGAAAUAAAAUGUCUUCAGAGUUAGUGCACACGGCGCAAUUCGUAGAUCAACAAGAAGGCAAAACCAAAUCAAACAAGCGCCGUUUCGAUUCAAGUCCGGGCGUCAGAGGCCAAGUUCCCUGUGACACACCAAAGCAAAGAUACAAGAAACAGAAGAUCACUUCUUCGUCUUCUGAAGAAUCAGACAGAGGCACUAAGAAACUGCUCGGUCUAGCAAAUUCUACCACCAUAAGCUCUAUACUUGAUAAGAUCAUCGAGAGAGCGAUCAAAGGAAAGCCGGAGAAAAAGAUUGAAGUGAAAAUAGAUGAACACAAGUAUAUAAUAUUCCCUAAGGAAUCUUAACAGCAGCCGAGGAGUUCCGCCCGUUCCUAGCAUACUUAGUAGUGAUGUCUUUAUGGACGUAUCCGACGCUGGUUUAGGGAAGCUUGUUCUGACUGCAGCCCUCGUGUUAUAUGUAAUUUUCAUAUUUUGGGUCAACUCGUAUCCCUUCAUUGACGACGAUUUGUGGAUAUAUCAGCAUAUACCGGAUCCAAAGUGGGUGUUAGUGUUCUGCGCUCUCUGGGGCUCGUUGUUUGUAGGAGGUCUCAUGCUGUUCACCUUCUACCACGUGUACCCUCACUUAUAAAGACUGACCUCCACAAACAUCCACAACAGCAGUCAACACACCCCCGACCAAGCCAGUGCCUGUGUCAUGUGCAUAAAGCCUUACGUUGGGUUAAAGCAUAUUCAUUCGUAGGACAUUUAGAGAAUAAGAAGAGUUGGGGAUGUCCCCGCCCGCCGUCCAACACUGACCCCUAUAAUAAACUAAGCGUAUAUAUAAUUUUAAGACUUCUGUGCAGUACGAGCGCGAACAGAGACUCGAUCAUGGCUAGCGAGUGGAUCGUGAUAGGCAUCUCCGGUGUCACGUGCGGGGGGAAGACGACCCUCGCGGACAAGUUGAAGGAGGCUCUGCAUCCGGUGUACGUGUUCCACCAGGACAGGUACUUCUACAGCGACGACAGUCCCAAGCACGUGCGCUGCGAGGGCUUGGAUCACAACAACUACGACAUACUGAGCGCGCUCGACAUGGACGCCAUGUACCGAGAUGUGAUCGGCACUAUGCGAGGGGCGGAGCGCGCCCACAGCCAGGGUGGGCGGGCGGCGCCCGGGAAGUUACACGUGCCCGGGAAGAAGUUCCUCGUCAUAGAGGGAUUCACCGUGCUCAACUACACGCCCCUCAUGGACAUAUGUGACUACAGGUACUACUUGGUUCUGGAGUACGGCGAGUGUUUCUCUCGGCGCGCGCUCCGCCUGUACGAGCCGCCCGACGUCGCCGGCUACUUCGAGACCUGCGUGUGGCCGGAACACCUCAAGUACAGGGCCCAGAUAGAGCGUGACCCGCGCGUCACGAUCCUAGAGGGCGCUGGCUCCGACCCAUUCUACGUAGUGAUGGCCGACUUGAAGAGAGGCGGAGCGAGGGAGAUAGAGAAUUAAAUGAAAUAUAGACCUAAUUAUGAAAAGUUAUUAAGCGAAUUAAAUAUACCGAUGGGAAAAUAUAUCGUUUUGUUUCACUUGCACAAAGCUCACUACAGUACAGCUCCACCUCGUCUCGGCGCUGGCUCGAGCUUGUAUCGCACACUACACGCGACACUCACGUUUUUUCGUUCGUGGACGUUCCUACGUUAUAGUAGUGACGUGGGUUAUCAAAUGAGAAACGUCAAACGGCUCGUGUGUAGUGCGGCGGUGAAGACUAGCGACGAACACACUAGAAGCAUAUGCGAUAUGUUUGUAUUACUUUAGGAUAUAUAAAAAAAAUCAUCAUUUUUUUAAAUAUUUUUUCUAUGUUUUUGUAAAUUUGGAAUAAAUGCUAAUGAAAUUCUAAGUUAAA